GCUACCGUUAACAUUUGGAAGAUCUUCUGUAAUAGCGGUGUGCCUUUCAAAUAUAACCACAUGCAAUAUCUAUCCCACGCAACUCACGAAGAAGUCCUUGGUCCUUUGUUCAAAGGUUUUUUGCCGAAAUUAUUUAAGAUGGAAUCAACUACGACUUAUUAUCUCAGUGUAGAAGAUCCGAAUAACCAAGAGGCUAAUGAUCAAAAUGCUGAGGGCCAACAUGAAGAAACAAGCGUAAACAUUACGUUACCUAUCGAUUGCAAUUAUACCACUUCGAAGUCAGAUCACAAAAUCCUCGAAUCAGACGAUCAAAAUGACGAAUUAAUCAUGUGGUUCGAAGUCCUUAGUAAUCUAAAUGACCACUUAAUGAUAUCCAAUGACGGAAAACUUGCUACAAAUGAGUUUAAACAGUAUUUGAGAGCAUUCAUGGAUAAAAUUGACGUAUCUCAAUUUAAGAAUAAUAAGAGAAGGCCAUUUGAUUUAUCAGACCACCAAUCAAAGAAAAAGCAGAGGAAUAAUAUACUCAUCAGUAAUUCCAAAUAG